GUGGUUUACGACACAAUAAACGACGUACGGCAGGCUGCCAUGACAGCCAGGACCAGUGAGGGCAGAGUCAAGACCUCCACAUGAUUACUUUAUAAGAUCAAGAUAUACACUUACCAGACCAACACGUCGACGUUGGGUUGUCACCCCUCCCCUCACAUGGCCAACGCACUGAGAAGUGAAGUUAUUAGACUUUACAAAAACCUCCUGUAUCUUGGUCGGGACUACCCUGAAGGAUCGGCCUUUUUCCGACAGCGCCUUAAGUCGGCCUUCAUGAAGAACAAAGACGUGGCGGACCCGGAACAGAUCAGAAAACUUGUGGGGCGUGGGGAGUUUGUCAUCAAGGAGCUGGAGGCUCUCUACUUCCUCAAGAAAUACCGAGCCAUGAAGAAGAGGUAUUAUGAACCGGAAGAGUAAUUACGCAACAAUCAAGAAGCCACGAUCAUAGCUUUGAAUGUGAUCAAAACGAAAAUUUUACUGUCACACAUAGUUUCAUUAUUUUAGUGCCAACAAAACAGCCGUCCAGCCAUAACAUCUCCACAGAUGUGUUGUCAUAUUUGUACAAGAGAAUUUGUGUGGGAUAAAUGUAUGUAAAUGCAAAUGUGCAAGUACGGUUUCUAUAGUACUGUUUCUCAAGCUGUUUUCACCAAGUAUCGCCUCAGAAAAAACUCUCCAAGUACCGCCAUGAUGACCACAGUGUCAGAAUCGGAAUCGGAAUCAGGAAUUCUUUAAUAAUCCCCGAGGGGAAAUUAAGAUUUUCAACACAAUCCCAUUCAAGAGUAGACAAACAUUACAGGGAGACAGAGCAGGAUCAAACAUUACAGGGAGACAGAACAGGAUCAAACAUUACAGGGAGACACAACAAGCUCAAACAUUACAGGGAGACAGAACCGGAUCAAACAUUACAGGGAGACAGAACCGGAUCAAACAUUACAGGGAGACAGAAAAGGAUCGUUGACGGGUCUGCCAACUUCCGGCGCCCCUUACAAAAAAGGUGAGAAAUAGGUAAACGCUGGGGGCGGUGAGACAAAAAAAAAGCCUGGGCCCCUGGAGAGGGGAUCCAGACUGAGACC